CAACAUUAUUAUUUCAUCUACAAACUUAUUUAUCAGUGUUAUCAAGAACAGAAUCAAACACAACGUCAAAUAUUAAACAUUCAUGUACUUAUACACAACGCAAUUAUCAUUGGUGGUCUUGUCAGUGUGUGUCGGGUCGCGGUCGAGACGCCUGCUCCUGCGCAUACGGCCCGAAAAUCAACAACCUUGAACUUCUCACACAUUUUAAAUAACAAAUCCUAACCUCAAAUAUACAAAUAAUGGUAUUAAAGUGUUAAUUAGCAAUAAGUGUAGUGAAAAUGUUGAGUUUUAAAGUGGGAGCGAGACAGCUGAUGAGAUGGAAGGAGUUGCAACUCGAUCGGUUGAAGUAUCAUUCAGGAGUGGGAGUGUUCGGUCAUCGACCGACGAAAGUGAAUGAUGUUGAUCUCCCUGAAGACAUAGUAGUCCGAAGAAAUGAAAACUGCAGAGCACAGCGAUUAGUAGACGCAUACCGCACAUACGGACAUUUACGAGCUACAAUAGACAAUGUCAACUACAAGAAUGAAGAAAGAAAUGUCAAAGAACUCAACGUAUCAAGAUACGGCCUCAGUUCAGAAGAUGCUGUUGACUUGGGCCUCGUGUAUGGGUAUGAAGGCAAGCAGUCUGUGAAGAAUCUGGUAGAAACCUUGGAGGGAAUAUACUGCGGGCCUUUAUCUUAUGAGUUUAAUUAUUUAGAGACAGAAGCCGAGCGAGAAUGGUUUGCUCAGCGCGUAGAGAACGGUCAAGAUGUCAUCGAUAAUGCCCGACGCAUAGAGAUCGCAAAGGAAUUGAUCAGAUCCCAAGCGUGGGAUAAAUUUUUAGCUUUAAAGUUUCCCACGGUCAAGAGAUACUGCGGCGAAGGAGCUGAAUCUAUUCUCACAUUUUUCUCUAGUCUUUUGAAGUUAACGUCUGCAGAGGGAGUGGAACAAGUGAUUAUUUCAAUGGGUCACAGAGGGAAACUGAAUGUUAUGACUGGGCCUCUACUCUACCCUCCCGUGAAGAUCUUCCACAAGUUCACUGGGCAGCCUGAGUUCCCUCCUGAAACUAACGCAGCCUGCGAUGUGGCUUUGCAUCUUAGUACCUCUGUAGACAUUCCAGUGAACGGCAAAUCAGUUAGAUUCUCACUGUUGAACAACCCGUCUCAUUUAGAGGCAGCAAACCCGGUUUCUAUGGGUAAGGCCAGAUCAAAACAGCUCCAGUUGAAGGAAGGAGACUACUCAGAGAAUGGGUCAUCUAGACAAGGAGACAAAGUACUUAAUCUUCAGGUACAUGGCGAUGCAGCGUUCGCUGGUCAAGGGAUAAACCAGGAGAUGUUGAUGAUGUCACAAGCUCCACACUUCAAUGUUGGCGGAUCUAUGCACGUCAUUGUUAAUAACCAACUUGGUUUCACUCUGCCAGCUGCACGCGGUCGCUCCAGCCGAUACGUGACAGAUUUAGCCAAAUCUAUAGCAGUUCCUGUUAUUCACGUCAAUGCUGAUCAUCCUGAGUUGGUAGUAAAAGCAACGAAUAUAGCCUUCGAGUACCAGCGCAAGUUCCGUAAAGACGUGUUCAUUGAUUACAACUGCUUCAGAAAAUAUGGCCACAAUGAAGUCGAUGACCCCACUUUCACCAAUCCACUUCUAUACAAACUUAUUCACAGCAGAAAAACAAUUCCAGAUCUAUAUACAGAGAAACUAAUAUCAGAAGGUAUCUUAACUGAGGAGGAGGUAAAAGACGAAGUGGCAACACACACCAGCUACCUCCAGAAGCAAUAUGAAGCCGUCCCUACUUACAAGCCUGAGGUCAGCUACUACCAAGAGCAGUGGGCAGGUUUUCAGGCAGCACCCAAUGCUGUGGAGACCUGGGACACUGGCGUCGACACUGGUCUGCUGCAAAUGGUUGGGCAUGCAUCUGUUGCAUACCCUGACGAUUUUAACAUCCACCCUCAUCUCGCGAAGACACAUGUAAGGAAUCGAUUGAGCAAGCUGGCGGAAGGAAAGGAUAUUGAUUGGGCCACCGCCGAGGCGUUAGCGUUUGGUUCCCUCCUAAUGGAAGGUCGUCACGUGCGCCUAAGCGGUGAGGAUGUAGGCCGAGGCACCUUCUCACAUCGCCACGUGAUGCUGGUGGACCAGAACACAGAAGCCAUUCACAUACCCCUCAACCACAUCCACGAGAAACAGAAAGGUUUUCUAGAAGUGGCCAAUUCGAUUCUGUCUGAGGAGGCAGUGCUGGCAUUUGAAUAUGGAAUGGCGUUCGAUUCGCCGGAUAAUCUCUGCAUCUGGGAAGCACAGUUCGGUGACUUCUAUAACGGGGCGCAGAUCAUUGUGGAUACGUUCAUCGCUUCUGGUGAAUCCAAAUGGGUCCGCAGUAAUGGCCUUGUGAUGCUCCUUCCCCACGGAUACGAUGGUGCUGCCUCCGAACACUCCUCCUGCAGGCUGGAAAGGUUCCUGCAGCAGACGGACAGUAAGGAGUCCACUCCUGACUCCGAGAAUGUUUGUCUCCACGUAGCUAAUGCCACUACACCGGCCCAGUACUUCCAUUUGUUGAGAAGACAGAUGGUAAGAAAUUACAGAAAACCUUUGGUAAUAGCGUCACCGAAGAUUCUUCUGCGAUUAGCUGACGCUGUAUCCAAUAUAUCAGAUUUCGCGCCCGGAACACACUUCAAGAAUGUUAUUGGUGAUCCCUUAGCUGACCCGCUGAAGGUGAAACGUGUGAUUCUGGUAUCUGGCAAGCAUUACUAUGAGCUUCACAAGGAGAGGCUUAGAGCCAACGUAGACGACGUGGCCAUUAUAAGAGUAGAGGGCCUUGCUCCCUUUCCUCUACAUGAACUCCAGAUAGAACUACAGAAAUUCAAAAAUGCUAGAAAAUUCAUAUGGAGCCAGGAGGAGCACAGAAAUAUGGGCGCUUGGAGUUUCAUCAAGCCGAGAUUCGAAAAUCUUCUCGGAAGAAAGUUAUUAUAUUCUGGCAGGGCAGAAGGAGCCACACCCGCCGUUGGAGCCGCAGUCUUGCAUCGAGCUGAAGUAGAACAUAUAAUAAAAGAACCUCUACACACUAUGAAAUAAAACGAUAUUAGUAUUAUAAACUGUUGAAUAUUGUGCAUUUAAAAAUGUCCGAGAUUCUGUAUACAAUCUGCCAAAUGAUAUAUGUUUAAGUUAAUAAAGUUGCAUUGUAA